AUGACACAGUCCCAGCUGCAGCAGAAAGGGCUGAGAAGCAGAAGGAGCUCCAGAUGCCUUGAGGAUGUGACAGCAACAACACUCAAAGAGAAACUGCAGGGCCUCUUGACAGACAGAUGGACAAACAUCUUACUGACCGUCACCAAAGUAGAUGUUUCACUGUCUAAACCAGAACCAAAGACCAGAGCUGAGUUUUUAAAAUGUUCCCAAGAAAUCACUCUGGAUCCAAAUACAGCAAACAAUUAUCUGUUAUUAUCUGUAGGGAAAAGAAAAGUGACGGUAAUUAAACAACAACAGUCUUAUCCUGAUCAUCCAGACAGAUUCACUUACUGGCCUCAGGUUCUGAGUAGAGAGAGUCUGACUGAACGUUGUUACUGGGAGGUGGAGAAGAGAGGAGGAAGAAUUAAUGUAGCAGUUUCAUAUAAGAACAUCAGCAGAGCAGGACAAUCAGAUGAAUGUUUAUUUGGAUGCACUGACAAAUCUUGGUCUAUAAGCUGUGAAACAAAUGGCUAUACGUUUUGUCACAAGGACAUUAAAACUUCACUAUCAGGUCCAGUUUCCUCCAGAAUAGGAGUGUACAUGGAUCACAGGGCAGGUAUUCUGUCUUUCUACAGCGUCUCUGAAACCAUGACUCUCCUCCACAGAGUCCAGACCACAUUCACUCAGCCUCUAUAUGCUGGAGUCAGGCUUAGACCUCUCUUUGAAGGUUCUUCUGCUGAGUUUGUUAACCUGAAAUAG